AUGACGCUCCGGCACGACAGCAUGGCAGCGCUGCGCGAGUCGCCGUUUCUGAACAGAAAGCACACGCUGUCGCCGGCGCUGCGCUUCAACUGCAUGGUGCACGAGGAGGAGGAGCUUAGCGAGGCGGAUCUCGAGAGCGAGGGCGACAGCGACCGCACGCAGCCGGCGACGCCGUCCAACAACUUGCGUUUCUACUCGUCGCGGCAGGCCGCGGGCCUGUGCAGAAGUGUGGGCACACUGAACCUCUCGCUUGAGAAUGCGAGCAGAAAGCUCGCCCCCCUAACGACGUCACGGGACUUGCCAGUCCGCGUACGCGAGGAAGACAAUGGGGGCCUCGAGUUUCUGUCUGGCACGGCUAUGUGCCAAGGAGAUGGUGAUAAGGAGUUCCACCGGGGAGAUAACCUGUGGCGUCCAUUUCCCCCGAGGCACGACAAAAACUUAAAGAGAAGUGCGAGCAAAUGUGAAAUGAAGCCCCCCUUAAUAUCGGAUCGCUCUCAGUCGCGUGACAAUGACUCAGUAGAAGACGAGAACGCAAGAAACAUGGCAUACAGCCCGCUGGGCAACAAGAAAAAGAUGCGCAAGUUCCCGGAAUGCCAAUUAUUCAAGGACGUGAAGCCUGAUCAGUCUGCCUUCCAGCAAAAGGGGCUCAUGUCCAAAAUGCGGUCAAAUCUCCUACCUCAAAAACUGAUAAUCCCAGAUACUCCGGUGAAAAAAUCGCCGCACUCGUCGAUAAUGGAGUCGCCCAUGGACUGCUCCGUGUAUGGCUCAUCGAGUGUCCCCCACGAUACGCAACCGUUCAAGAACUUCCCGCUCUUCAAGCCGGGGACACCGCCCAUUGAAAGCUCUCCAACAUACCAGCAUAGGGCACAGAGACUCGACAGCAAAAAUGACAUGCCUGCGCAGCGGAUGAAACGCCGCUCAAAGGUCAUCAAGAACACCGACCUCUCUAACAUGCUGCAACAGUUCACGGACGAUCUGUUCGGCAGUGGGGACGAGGAGCCCGUGUUCAACUCUUCCCCACUAAGAACACCGAGAAAGCGCAGUCCGCAGCCAGACAGGCUGCGGCCGCCGGUUACAACCACCCGCCAGCAGGGAAAGCGCCGUCUAGUGGGUACAUCGCAUGCAUCGCAGAGCGCGCGGGCGCGCAACCCCGACGAGCACCUCGGGGCGAACUUCUCGAACGUCACCCUGCUUGGUCGCGGCCAGUUUUCAACGGUCUAUCAAGUAACCUUCCCGGAGACCUCUGCAAAGUACGCAGUUAAAAGCAUGGCGCCAAAGAAGCAUUAUUCCAGGAGCCGCAUUAUCCAGGAGAUACAGCUCCUCUCCGAAAUCAGCCAGGAGACAAGCGACGCGGAAGGCCGCGAGUACGUUGUGCAGUUCAUAUCCUCCUGGGAAUACCAGGGCACUUACUACGCUAUGACAGAGCUGUGCGAGAACGGGAACCUGGACCAGUUUUUGCAAGAGCAGCUCGUCGCGCGGUCAAAGCGACUGGAAGACUGGCGCAUAUGGAAGAUCAUAGUAGAGGUAUGUCUCGGGCUGCGUUUCCUCCACGAAACCUGCUCAAUUGUACACCUAGAUCUCAAACCGGCCAAUAUUAUGAUAACAUUCGAGGGCAACCUAAAGCUCGGGGACUUCGGCAUGGCCACCAAGCUGCCGCUUACGGACAAGGCGUUCGAGAACGAAGGCGAUCGCGAGUACAUCGCGCCGGAAAUCAUCUCCGAUGGCAUAUACGACUUCAGGGCAGAUAUCUUCUCUCUCGGCUUGAUGAUUGUCGAGAUAGCUGCUAACGUCGUGCUACCGGACAAUGGCAACGCCUGGCACAAGCUGCGCUCGGGCGAUCUCUCGGACGCCGGAAGGCUAAGCAGCACCGAAAUAUACACCACGUCCAUUUUCUCUUCUACCGACAUCAACUCCACCAACAUAACCGAGGUUUCCCGCCCUUGCAGCUACAACGCUGGCAGCGGCCGCAUCAAACAUAUACCCGCGUGGGUCCCCCGUUUCCUCAUAGAUAACGACUCACUGGAAAAGCUGGUCAUCUGGAUGAUUGAGCCCGACUAUCGGAAACGGCCGACCGCGAGCAAUCUUCUGCAGGCUGAGGAGUGCCAGUACGUGGAGCUGACACGCAAGGCGGGCGCCAUCAUCCAAGAAGACGACUUUGGUCCCAAGCCGGAGUUCUUCAGCUAG